AACAUCUUCCAAGGGAGACAUUUGUGACUAAUCAUAACGAUGUCGAUAGAGAAAAAGGCGAUGCAGCGGAUCGAGAAGGAGUUCAAGGAUAUGACUUCGAAAGACUCCUUGUACAGCAUCGGUAGAGAUUCGAACAACUUGUUCAAAUGGAAUGCGAUGAUUCAAGGUCCAGAGGGUACUCCAUACGCUGGUGGCAUGUUUAGUAUCGACAUUAAAUUUCCUAAAAAUUAUCCUUUUACAGCACCCAAGUUUACGUUCAAAACUCAGAUUUAUCAUCCAAAUAUCAAUUCCGAAGGAUCCAUAUGCCUUAACAUUCUUAAAGACAAGUGGUCUCCCCCUCUUACGGUUGAAAAGGAGCUUUUAUCCAUCACUUCAUUAUUGGCGGACCCAAACCCAGAUGAUCCUCUGGUGGGAGAAAUUGGAGAGCUCUUCAAAAGUAACAACUUUCUAUUUAACCAGAGAACUCGAGAAUGGACUGAACGACAUGCUUAA